GUUCUAUGGGAGGUCUUUAGGCUACACUCUACAGGUAUAGGUGUUUGUGCGUGUCAGAGGACAGAAAGUGAUGGAGGGACCUGAAUCGCAGCCAAAGCGCCAAAUAAAUUGGCACACAUUGGCGUUCACUCCACCUUCUAUAAGGAAUACCGAAGAAAUCCGCUCAGGAGCGCGGCUGGUAAAUACGGGCCGCCGCUCAAAAGGGAAAUGUCUAACAGAUGAUUGGCGCCGUGCCCGCCCGCUCUACUUCUGCUGCGCGCUCCCGGCCCAACUUAAACGCAGCUCCUCUGACCAAAACCAGACACGCAUACAAACACACACACAAAGCACCGGGGAAGCAUUGCUGCUGGGACGUGACGCGACUGAUCCUGAGCAAAAAGCUGCUGCUGUUUAUUCCGAGGAAUGGGGCGACGCUGCUCGUGUCCACUGACGUUAACAAGCCCAGCUCAAAGCAAACGCAAUAACAUCGCACCGUCUGCCGGUGAGGUCACUGUGGCACAAAGCAAAGCGACCUGCGCGGACACGCAACGGAGAUUCCGUCACAUCACAGCGGCUUUGUUCGUGCGCUGAUUGACUGCUUGGCUUUGGAUGAUAUUUUCCCAGCAGAACCUUAUCGAUUAUUGCAAGACAAAAAGGCUCUCGCUGAUGGAUCGUGGAUAAGUAGUUACUGAUGAACCCAGCGGGACUACAGCAGCGGAGCCCAGAGGAGAAAACGAGAGCGCGUCCACAACGACACAUCUGAUUAAAUAAAACAGCACUCCUUUUGACUAAUUCACCAUUAUAGAUAAAGUUCAGGACUGAGGCGAAACUAUGGCUUUGGUCCUAUCAAUGAACCCAUUUUGUGAGCCUGAGACAGAAGCCCCGCCAUCCAUCUACCAUCCGAUCUGGGAUUCAGAACAUUGCAGUAAAAGCUGUAUCUCCACCCCCUCACCACCAGGGGGUGACACCCAUGGGCUCAUAGAAGCGCCCCAUUACAGACGAGCUCCUGAUCAUGUGAUGGAUCGUGUGGCCAUGUCACGGAUCUCUUAUUUCAAGAGGAAGUUCGUGGAGGAUGAAGAACCUGUACUGAACUUCAGGAGUUACUGCCACACUGUGUCACCAGUCCUGGAGGAGCGCACUCACAUUCUCCGUCUCUCUCUUUCGAAACUGCGUUUCAUGGAUGACCCAGAGUCCUUCUUACGGCGCUCCGUGCUCAUCAACAACCUUCUCCGUCGCCUCAGAAAUGAAAUCCUCCUUCAGAGUGACUGGUGCUUCCCAUCGGGUCCCACAGCAACACCUUGUCCCCUCCAAUCCCCUGCCACAAAUAACCCUCUUCCCCCUCCAGUCCUGCACCCCUGCAUUACGCCACCUGGGCCGUACCGCAAACGCCUGCGUCUGCUGAGGAGGGAAGGUCCAGAGUGCAUCCCAGCCUGCUGCUGUUUAUACGCAGCCGGCCGUUACCUUCAGCUUCCUCUGUCUGUGUACGAACGGGAUGUAUACACCAACUCUCACCCUACUUCUUCAUCACCAUCUUCAGUUAGAUUUCCACAGCUGCUGGAGGAGGAGGACGAGGAGGAAGACAGUGAUGAAGAAGAGGACUCUGUGUGUCCUAUGUUGGCUCUCUGUCAAGCUGAAACCAGAGAGCAGAACAGGACGUGGGAUGGUCUACGUCCACAGAGCCACAGGGAAAACGAGACCCAGGAGAGAGAGAGAGAGAAAGGGAAGGAGAGGGUUAGAGGAGGAGAGGUUUCACAGCGAUGGAUUACAGACGCUAUAGGUACUGGACACCAUGGGCCUCUCACCAGGGCUCACGUGAGGGGAAAAUAACAACUGAACACUUGCUGUGGAAACAAAGGAAGAAACUGGUUUCCAGCGGCCAAAUAGAUGUUACGUAUAGGAACCAGAAUAUCAAUGGUCAAUGUUUUUGAAUUUUUAGGUACUUUUUUGUACUUCUGGAUUCCGCAACAUCCCAGAUCAAAAGGGACAGUGAAUUCACAUAUUGCUUGUCUCUUGCGAAAAAAUACCAUACUGUGCCUUAAAUGUUCCUGUUUAAUCUGUUUGAUGUGUUUAUAGAUAUUUGUGACUGAACCAGUUUAAUCCGCAAAGUAUGGAAGCUUGUUUCAAUAAACUCACAGUUCUGAGAAGAAAAGACAAGAGUUGCAAAAUAUAAACUCACAGUUGUUAUGGGGGGGGGGUAACAGAAUAAAAAAAAGCAACAAUUAUCUUAUUUUAUUUCAUGCAGAGACAAAAAAAAUAUUUGUGAAAUAUAAACUCGGAAUUCUAAGGAAAAAAGUUUAUAAUUGUAAUAUACAAACUCAGAAAUUCAGAAUCCUGAGUUUAUUUUGUGCAUUUCUGGUAUUUUUAUUUAAUUUUUUUUUCUGAAUAAUUACAAGUUUAUAUCUUGUAAUUUUGGGUUUAUAUCUUGCAAUUCUGCAAUUGUAUCUUUACCAUGGCAGAAAUAGCCUUCCAUAGUGAUGGGCACCAUGUGAAGUAAAAAAGAUUCACACUCAUUUAGAAUUUGUAAAGAAAAAAAAAUGCUAAUAAUAAAAUGUUCGAAAUUUCAUAGGCACUUGAGAAAUGCAUGUCAUAGGUUGCUUUCCAUGACGAUCAUGUUUACAGGCAGUGGAUUUUAGCCAGAAUGCAUGAGGCCCUGAAGGUGGCCAUAAUGUUUAAUAAAAUACUAUUUCAUUUAGCACCCUUAACAUUUCAUACAUUUGCAUAUUCAUGAGAUAAAACAACCUAAUUGACGUUAGCUGACAGAGAUCACAGAUACAGUUAACUUAUUAUCCCCAUUAAUUUGUUAUUUUGAGGUCAACUGAUUCAAGUGAUUAUUGGUUACGAAUGAGAGAAUCUUCAUUCACUAUGAAAGUUUUUAUUUUCAUGCACUUUCUUUGUUUAUGUGUUUUCUCUACAUUUAUUUUUUUCAUUUCAAUAAACACAAAAUGGGAGACCCUAAGACAUGAGCACACUGCUGGUAGGAAAUCAAAUUAAAUCUUAAAGAGCAGGUCAUAUGGGUUUUCGAAAAAAUAUAUUUUUUGCAGUUUGUAACCUAGCUAUCCUUCAAUGUAAACAGUCUGCAAAGUUGUUAACCAACAAAGUGCAUGAUAAAUAACGAACUAACGAAUCAUUCGAUGUAACCGGAUCUUCUUGAACCAGUUCACCAAAUCUGAAUCAUUUUAAACGGUUCACGUCUCCAAU